GUGAGUAGUGGUGUGGUGUCAGUUUGUAAUGUUUGUAUAUCGUUUUCUCAAAUUAGAUUUUAAAAUGAUUAACUUCUUAGUUAAUUAGUAUAAAAUAGGAUUAGCAACAAUUAUUUAUAAAUGAGUAUAAAUCAAGAAUUUGGGAAUAUUAGGAGGCAGAUAACACCAACUGCCAGGAGAAGCAUUCAUUGUCACGAUCGGUCCGCCAACGCAGGAGAUAUGACGCGGUACGGCGAUGACAAUAGCAGCGACGACGAACGCCAGGAGGGCGCAGAUGGGGUUGACGAGGUGGACAACGUUGUGAGCAAAUUUUGUCAUACUUCGUCCCCAGUUGCCAUGAGGAGAAGAAAUUCUAUGACACCCCCAAAUCAACAAUACACAGAUGAUUCUGAUGACCACGGUGUCCUAGCCAAGUCCUUACCCGCCACACUCCCGUCACGUUCAUAUUACAGUGACGACUUUGAUAGUUGGCGGUCGCAGAGCAAAACACAUCUUAACAAGUCCGACUCAGUAUCGCCCCGGCUUCGCGGCAAUAGAAGCGGUGACAGUCGAAACACCAGCUUUGCCAGCAUAUCUCCAAACGUUUCCCACAGAAUAAACCAGUCAAGCAGAGAACGAGAACAAAAAACCCCAGGAAACAUACCCAAAUACUUAGUCGGUCUGCUGACCGUGUUAUGCGCUACGUAUUAUUAUGAUUUCUUCAGCUCGUCAGACCAGCAGGCUAGAUAUGAUGAGAUGAAAUUUCGCAGUGAUUUGAAUGAAUUGGGAGUGAAAUACAAAGUAACUGACGACUCGAUACUACAGUUACAAGCAGGAAUAUCAACGAUAUUUGAGAGAGAAGAUACUAGCUGUUUUAUAUUUCUUUAUAACAGCCAAAAAAAUGAUUACGAUCCUAGCAAGUUUGAUGGGUUCGUUGACAAUGUGGUUUCACAUACGGCCAAAUUUUUACGUAACGACACGAUCCCAUCCAAGCACCGAGUCGUAGACGGCGCGGACUUAAACAUGGGCAGUCACACUCAACUGGUGCGCGCGUAUCAGGACGACAUAACGACGGCGGGGGUGCUCCUCGUCAAGGACGUCGCCCUCGUGCCGUCGCCGCUCGCCAUGGCGUUCCACUACUACUGCGACGAGUACCAGCCACUCGUCAGGAAGAGCGCCAUAUUCUUCACUUUGAACACCGCCAAAUGCCACAAUUCAGGCGAGAAAUCAUCUCAUGCAUCCGCGGAAAGAUGCCUAAAGGAAAAAUGGAAUACCGUCCCUAAAGACAACAUCGGGCCCCUUCUGACCAGGGUAGCGAACGUCGUGGUCGACGUCACCGAAGGCGUGUAAAUUUCGUAUAAGAAUUACCGCUUAAUCUGAGCAGUAUAAAAGCCUGAGCUAUAUUUUAUCAGAAUCAAAAUUGUUGGUAUUUUUAACCUUAUUUAAAGGCACAAUGAUCAAACAUUUGCAAAAAAGGGUGCAGAUGGUUUAGUAUUUUAGAUGGCAAUGAAAGGUCGUUUUGACUGAAUAACCACAAGCACAUAAUUAUGGGUUACUCCCACUAGUUACCACCAAUUUGUUACCAGUGGUAUUUUUGUUAGCAUUUAACAUUUAAAUAUUUUGGUGGUGACAACUGGGAAUAAAAAUUUCCACACACUACUGGGAUGUUUUUUUCUCAGUUGUUACCACAUAGUGAGAAAAAAAAUCCCAGUUGUUACCACGGUAACAACUUGGUGGUAACUAGUGGGAAUAACACAUAAAUUUAUAUGAAAUGUAUUUUGAUAAUUAUUGUUUAUUAUUGUAUACAUGUACAGUACAGUGAUGCAUCAGAAUACAUGGUGUUAAAUAUAAUCUUAGGAAUAGUACACGCUA